AUGGUCCAGCGUCGAACCCCGAGAGAAUGCCUGAGCUCUCCCUAUGCGGAGAACUUGCCUACGAAAUGUCAGCAGUUGCGGAAAGGAUACGGCGAGUGCAAGCGCGGCAUGAUCGAUAUGCGCAAACGUUUCCGCGGUAAUCAACCCAUUGCGCUAAACAAGGAGCUCGAGGGAGAGUCCACCAAGACCGAGCAGUUGUAUGCGGGCAAGCCGGCCUUUGAGUCCGUCAAGGAAAUCAGCGGAGAUGAGGUUAAGAUGGAUCCCGAGAAGACGAGGGGUCUGUGA